UUGUUGUCAGCCAUUGCUCGAACCGGAAGCUGAGCAGAUCAACUUCAGAGGGUAUCAAGAGGUCGCUGAGGAGUGUGGGACGGUGGCGGACUGUGUUAAUGUCUGCCUACUCAUUGGCAAGGUGCGUGUCCCCUGUGUCCGCUUCGGUCGCCCGUUUCGGAAUGCACUCUAUGGCACUGUCGCUUGUGUAAAUCGCGAGGAAGGCGCGUUAGGCACGAAGUCGCUUUUUUCGGCGCUUGCGCUGUCAUUUUCACCCGUCGGUUGACAAACAUCGGAGCCUGCGCCGUAUCUGUCGAUGCAUUUAUAGCUAGCCAGCUAGUUAGCAAGAGAACUAGCCCAUUCGGUGGCUAGUCAGCCAGCUCGCAUUCUGAGCUUUCAUUACCGAGCGCUUAAUAAGUUCAGGUUUUUCAACCGGACCGCCUACCGUGCGCAUACUAGUGUAUUAGUUUACUAACGUUACUCGAACAACAAACAGCGUGACUCGAGGGGGGCCGGGAGAGCGCGACGGAGGCGCGGUGAGCCAGGAGCGGCCGAUGAGUUCAGACCAGGGCGGAGAGCCGCAGCUGCAGGAGGAGGCUGAGCCGGGACCCAAACCCCGAGGGGAGGACGAGAUCACACCCGGGACCGGGGGAGACUCAGGCGUCAUGGUCACUGCUAAAGGAGCUGGUCUGAACCCUAAUGCCAAGGUUUGGCAGGAGAUCCCUGCAACACAAAGUGAAGCUCCUGUGGAUGGCACUGUGGCCUCCCCCUGGUCCCAGAACAAUACGGCUAAAGAUAACUCUGUAGGUAAACAGUACGCGCCUGGCUUCUCCACUCCUGAGGACAACAGCACGGCUGGUACUGUAGUGGGGGUAGUGAACGGUAUGGACCCCCCUGACCAAAGCAUCCCGGUUUCUGAGCACACUACAGCAACUAAUGUGGAGUCCAAGCUCCCCGAGGAACAGCCUGUCUCUGAAGAGACCUUGCGUGAGUCUCUCAAAAAAGAAUUGGAGUUUUGUUUCUCCAGGGAGAACUUAUCUAAGGAUCUUUACCUAAUAUCACAAAUGGACAGUGACCAGUUUGUCCCUAUUUGGACUAUUGCCAGCAUGGAAGGAAUCAAGGUCCUCACAACUGACACGGACCUCAUCUUGGAUGUCCUCAGAUCAUCUCCGAUGGUCCAAGUUGAUGAAAAAGGGGAAAAAGUGCGGCCAAAUCACAAGCGAUGCAUCAUCAUUCUGCGAGAAGUCCCUGAAACAACUCCUGUUGAGGAAGUGGAAGCCUUGUUUAAGAAUGACAACUGUCCCAAGGUAAUAAGUGUGGAGUUUGCACACAACAACAACUGGUACAUUACAUUCCAAUCGGAUACAGAUGCUCAACAGGCAUACAAAUAUUUAAGGGAAGAAGUGAAGACAUUUCAGGGAAAACCAAUCAUGGCCAGAAUAAAAGCCAUCAACACGUUCUUUGCGAAGAAUGGUUACCGCAACCUGGACUGCAGUGUGUAUCCUCAGCAAACUCACACUCAGUCCCAGUACAGCUCCCCUCUCUUCAUGCAGCCUGUUUACAGCCCCCAGCAGCAGUACCCUCUCUACGGCAUAGUACCUCCUACCUGGACACCAUCUCCGACUCCAUACUUUGAGACACCACUCGCACCUUUUCCCAACAGUGGUUUUGUCAAUGGAUUUAGCUCACCUGGACACUACAAAACUGGCUCAACUUCUCUCAACCUUAGCCGUCCCUUUAGCAGGAACCGUGUUCCACUCUAUUCAAGAAAGAAUGUAAUAAAUGCCUUCAGGAACCAUGUGAAGCCUCAGACGAGGACUAAUGAUGGUCUGUCUUCCACUGUGUCUCCGGUGGUUCUUGUGGAUGGGCUGUCUGGCCUGCACAACCCCCAGCCUCCAUCCAGCGCUGGGCCAGUGCUGUCAUCUGCUGAGCUCAACUCAUCCUUUCCACACCUAGCUUCCAAUGAUCCAACUGAUGAUGGUACCAUGGCGGGACGUGGAAGGAGAACGACAUACAGAGGCACUCGAAGGCGGCGAGAGGAUGAUCGUACAACAAGACCAGUUCCCCUGUCUCAAGUGAAGGUACCGUCCCCCAAGUUUGACCUGGCUGCCUCCAACUUCCCACCACUGCCCGGCUGCUCUGCCAGUCCGCAGGGGGAGCCUGUGCUGGAGAACCGCCUCUCUGAUGUUGUGCGGGGCCUAAAUAGAGAAAAGCAGGAUUCAAACAAAGAGUCGGCUGCGAGUCCCGCAGGCCCAGUCUCAGAGGAGACUGUCUCCAGGCCCACCCAGCCUGUAGCCAAGAUGACUGCUCGCGUCCCUGAUCCUGUGACCUCCAGCUCCAACCACCUGGAGAAGAAACCAGACAAGAUGGAGCUUCUGGUUUUUAAAGAGACGUCUGUGACCUCUGCCCCAAUCGCAGCUGUGGCACCCACCCCUGCCCCAACAGCACCUGCUCCAAAGCCUCAGGCCAGCUCGUCCACACCUGCAGCCACCCCCCAAUCUAACACUGUCCCCUCCAGUACUCCUGCACUGGAACCUCGCAAACUCAGUUACGCCGAAGUAUGUCAGCGACCACCUAAGGAUCCCCCUCCUCCAGCAUCCACUUCCAGCCCCAACAAUGCAAGCACGCAGCCUCUGAGAGAGCUGCGCGUCAACAAGGUGGAGGAGCAGCAGCCUUCCAGCUCUGCAAACAAACAGGAGCGGCCUCAGGAAACGGGGGGUAACUACAAGGCCAGGGAGGGCCGACAGGCCCGUGACUCCCAGGGCUUUUCUCGCAGCAGUGGACCCCCCAGAAGCGGUGCAGGGGGGUUCAAGCUACGGGAGCAGCAGAGACGCCCUCCUUUUGGCCAUCGCGGUUCCCCCCAGGGAGGUUCCAGACACACUGGAAAAGAGCAGAACAUCCCCCCCAUAUCGCCAAAGCAAUGACUCUAAACAGAAAUCCUUAUUGUAUGAAUAUUUACGCACUCACCUCUCCUGCCUGGAGCACUUCCAGAGGAAAAGUCUCAUGAAGUGACAAUGCACAGACUGGGGUAUCCAGGCAAAACGGGCAUAAGAAAUUGGAAGCAGCUGUUGCUUGAAGGACGCCAUCGAAUAGGAAACAAACAAAAAAACAUUUUAUGCUUCUGACUUGACAAUAUCCCUUCAGAAUGUAAAUCCAUGUGAGAUUUUUUUUUUUCUUCUUGAAAGGAGGGUGGCCUCUCUUAGUUUGGGAGAGGGGAAUAUGGGUGGGUGUCUGCAAAGAGCAUAUGCACUAAGAAAAAGAACAUGCAUAAACAAUGUUAUAAACCUAUACAAAGAUAUCACUCUGACAUGCAAUGAUUCAUCUUUUUGUUUUUUGGUUGCUUCAUUCGCAAUCCCAGGACACAGGGUGCUCGACCCCCAGGGUGAUUUGACUGUGGAAAUUAAAUUGUGGUUUGCUUUAUAGUCUAUUAAUUUGGGAUUUAGAUCCUGUGUAGAAUACGCGACGUGUGCUUCAGUGAAUAAUUUUGCAAGUAACUUUAGGGCUGACAGUGCGAUUUGGUCUGGAGUUUUGCAUUAGUUUGCGUGAUAUAUUGUAGCUCAUGAUUCAUUCUGGAACUGGCAUUCGGAUUUACUUACGAUCAACUUUGGAGCCUUGUUAAUGAUUGAAAUAUAUAGCCUACUGUCACUUCAUGAAGUCAAAGCCUGCCAAUUAUGAUGUUGUUAUGUCACUGAUUUGCUAAUUUGUUUCUUUUUAAUUUUAUGUGAUUUGUCAUUGUUUUUGUAGCUAGUUUGAGUAACCAACAGCCUGUGAAUGACAACUCUAACAGUCAGGUACAUAGGCACUCAUGAACUUUGUGUCAUCUCAGAUUUGUCCUUUUUGUUUUUUGUGCAUUCUCCUUCCUGGACUGCUCAAAUAUCCUGAUAAUCAGUCAGGCUCUUGACUAUGUUUACAACAAGGUGGUGGUGGAUUGAAAUAUAAUGCAAGGCAGAGUCCGAAUCAUGUUCGUUAUGUGGAUUAGUUCUUAUUUAGAGGGUUUCUUAUAUUCAUUAUCAGUACAUUCAGAGUUGGCUUGACUGUAUGGAGCAGUUGGCCAUCAUGAUGAUUUAGCUCAAGCUGGAUCCUGAUUUCUUUUCAGCUUUUGUCAACAAUCAACAGUGCAGGUCUCUUUCAGUCAUUUUUAUGAUGAUUUAUUGAUUGCAAAUCUAAUGCCCAGAGUGGGUUAUCUGGCUCAGGGUGACGUUUCAUCUCAUUCCUGUCAUUUACAGCACCAAUACUGGUCUCGCAUUUUUAUGAACUUCCAAUUCUGCAAAGCUUAAAAGGCAUGGUCAUUUCAUGCAGUUUUAUUGUUUGAAGGAGAUGAGAUUGAAAGGAGAAUCGAAUGUGCUUGGUAGUCCCUGAAUGUGUCCUCCAUGAAUUGUAAUACAAACCCCUUAUUUAAACUGAUACAUUUCUUCCUCCCUAAACAGAACAUUUUGACUGUUGGAUAAAUAGCAAUAUCUGCAAAAUCCACUCGUUAUGAUUGCUGCAAAGUUUCAUAUAGCUUUGCUAUGGUAAUGUGAGUUUUGUCAUUGCUAUGCCAGUGCCAGUGUGUUUUUUUUUUUUUUUUUUUUGAUAGGGUUGCAUGUGUUUGGAUAGUUAGAAAUUGACAGUCGCUUUGGUAGAUGUUACCUGAUAGUGACUGUGGGGAAUAUAAAUAGCAGGGGUGCACUGCAUUCAUUAUAAAAAAUGUUGCUGUGGUGAAUUGAUGCUGUAAUUUGGACGUUUAAUCAGGAGGAUACAGUAUUGCUGUUCAAUUCAUUGUGAAGUAUUGCUUUUAAAAAUUGGUUUUUAAUUUAUUUUAAUUCUGCUGUCCAUCCCCCAUGCAACCCCUGUCCCUUGUAAGUUUGUUAUCAUGACUAUGUACAAAAAGACAUUGGGAGAGAAUCACAGAUUUAUCAUAUUUGUGUAUAUAUAAUUAUUAUUUUUUUUGGCGAUUUCAGCAGAGAAAAUACUUGAUGCAUUUACUAGAGGCUUAGUAAAUAAUAAAUCACUGGGGCUUUUUUUCCCUCCUUGUUUUCAUUAAUGAAUAUGAGCAGCUAGUGGUUUAGGAUAAUGAAAUGCACUAACUUGUUUAAAAAAAAAAAUCUUAUUAUGUAAUGUGAAAUUAUAAUAGGAGCAUAAGGUAAUGAUAUUGAUGUUGACCGGCUUGCAGAAAUCUACAGAAAAUAGCAAAUUUCUCUUUAAGGUUUGGAUUAUUACUGUUAAUUGAUUUAGAGGUUGGUGUGGCAAAGGGAAGAAUUCUAUAACAUUGGAUUGAAGUGAGACACUAAAUUCUAGCUGUCUGUAUAAAUUGUCACAAAAAGAAAAUAAAUUAUUUUGUUUUGGCCUUA